AUGGAUUCAAAAUUCGUAAUUGAUUUCCUUAUGGGAGGUGUUUCAGCUGCCAUUUCAAAAACUGCUGCUGCUCCAAUUGAAAGAGUUAAAUUAUUAAUUCAAAAUCAAGAUGAAAUGCUUAAACAAGGUAGAUUAUCUCAUAAAUAUACUGGUAUUAUUGAUUGUUUCAAAAGAACUGCUGCAGAUGAAGGUAUUGCUUCAUUUUGGAGAGGUAAUACUGCUAAUGUUAUUAGAUAUUUCCCAACUCAAGCUUUAAAUUUUGCUUUUAAAGAUAAAUUUAAAGCUAUGUUUGGUUUUAAAAAAGAUGAAGGUUAUUGGAAAUGGUUUGCUGGUAAUUUAGCUUCUGGUGGUUUAGCUGGUGCAACUUCUUUAGCUUUUGUUUAUUCAUUAGAUUAUGCAAGAACAAGAUUAGCUAAUGAUGCCAAAUCUGCUAAAGGUGAUGGUAAAGGUAGAGAAUUUAAUGGUUUAGUUGAUGUUUAUAAAAAAACUUUAGCUUCAGAUGGUAUUGCUGGUUUAUAUAGAGGUUUUGGUCCAUCAGUUGUUGGUAUUGUUGUUUACAGAGGUUUAUAUUUCGGUUUAUAUGAUUCAUUAAAACCAGUUGUUUUAGUUGGUCCAUUACAAGGUUCAUUCUUAGCUUCAUUCUUAUUAGGUUGGGCUGUUACUACCGGUGCUUCUACUGCUUCAUACCCAUUAGAUACUAUUAGAAGAAGAAUGAUGAUGACUUCAGGUCAAGCUGUUAAAUAUAAAGGUGCUUUUGAUUGUUUCAAAAAAGUUGUUGCUGCCGAAGGUGUUAAAUCAUUAUUCAAAGGUUGUGGUGCUAACAUUUUGAGAGGUGUCGCUGGUGCAGGUGUGAUCUCAUUAUAUGAUCAACUUCAAGUUAUCAUGUUUGGUAAAAAAUUCAAGUAA